CCUCAACAGAGCACGAGAGGAGGUGAGUUCCCGACGGCCAGACACCGUCAAUUGAGUGUGGCGACUCUGCUCGUAGCCAGAUAUGCGAUGGAUGUCUACCAGGAGCUCCAAGGAUCUACAAUAGUACCAGGGUGUCUUCCCCCACCCUCGAUCUCGAUUGUCCCGGCGCUAUCUCCGAACCCUGCAGUUUCGCAGCGGACGAUACCGCGCAAAUCAAUUUCAUCCAUCGGAGCCCUUUUCGGGGGAUCGAUGACAUUUGACUACUUUGGGGCGCGGAAGAGCAAGCGUUUCAAUAGUUUUAGCGAGAUAGAACGAAUUCGAAAUGAAAGGCCAACCGCUCUACUCUCUUCGCUCAUCAAAACACUGAAGGCAAACCACGUCCCUGGUCCAAUUCUAGUUCGGGCCGAGUCUGAAUUUACUCUAACCUUAGGAAGUGGAGCACAAUUUGAGGUGGCGGGCAUCGCCCCUGUCCUUGUCAGUACACUCACCAGGGAAGGGCUGGAGAAAGUCGGAGAGAGCCUCGAAGUCCUCGCGAUCAAGAAGCCAAAGCUUGCAAGCUGUUUGCUUACCCCGUCGGCAGACAAAUCGCUUGACCAUCAGGUCCGGGCAAUCCACCGGGAAAUCAGCGCGUUAUCUCAUAAAGGGUUCGAGGAACAUCCGAACAUUGUGAGGCUGCUGGGCUGGGGCCUCUGUCUGGACACCCUCGAGAACGACUUCACUGAUGCACCGAUUAUCCCCUUGCUCAUACUGGAACGGGCAGAGUACAAUUUGCAGCAGUUCCUUUUUCACCGUAGAGGCGAAAUCCUUCCGUUGAACUCUGAUCGACGCUAUGAAUUAUGUCGAGAUAUUUGUCAUGGAAUUGGGGAGGGACUGGGCGUGCUGCACGCUGAAGGCAUCGCGCACGGAGACCUGAAGCUGGAAAACAUCUUGCUGUUUGAUACCCCAGCCGGAUGGUUGCCCAAGCUCUGUGAUUUUGGUCUAUCAACCGAGCUCGGUGACAUGAGCCUGAAUGUACGCUACUAUGGAACACAUGGAUGGCGCGCACCGGAGGUUCUGAAGCAGGACCGAAAGCCCAUACGCGUUCAAUCCCUCAAGAUGUGCGACAUUUUCGCCUACGGGUUGGUGGUUCGAUGUGUCUUCACGAUCCUCCCAAGUGCGCCACUCUCGGCUGAGGAUGAAAAUGGAGCUUCAAAUAUCUUUCUUCUAUCUGCCAGAGCUGUCCACCACAAUGCGAAAGGGUGGCUUCCCAUGGAUAGACUCGCGCUGGUCCUAAUUUGUCUACACAAGUCACUGCAAAAGCGGCCAUAUCUCCGUAGCCACAAGCCCUGGCAGGUAUUUGAUAGAACAUAUGCGGAUGGACGCUUACGUCGGAUGGUGGAGACAAGUGUAGCUUCGAAAUGCCUUCGGAUAGGCCUCCAUUGGCUAGGAAAGGUUAAAAAAGCUCUCUGGAGGAAUUUCCUUGGUCUCUAUCAUCGAACGAAGAUGAUUGCUGGCUACCUCUGGGUCGUGCUGACAGGGAGAUUAUUUCAAGUCAUCGCGGUAGCCUGCGAUCGACCCAAGCAGGUACUUUCGAACCUGGCAAGACGCAUAGAUCUCCUUCUUCUCCCCCACGUGCGUCAGGAGCGGCAAAUAGUAUAUCUGUCUGUUCUGCAUCAAUAUAGGCAAAUACUAAACUUACCGUCCGAUCCGGAUUCUAUCAAUUCUUUCAUCCACCCCGAUGGACGCUGUCUCCCGUUGGAAACCUUCUAUGACGACCUGCUUCACACAUCGGCUCGAUGUCGCUCGUUCUCCCGCCUACUGGACCACGGUGACUGGGGCGUUGAUCCUCAAGCCAUGUAUCGACUGUACGCUCUUGCCCGGCUUCGCAGUCGAAUGCAGGGGUGCUGUUGGGCGCGUGUUGCAAACGCUCAAGCGCCUUACAUCACAAUCCUAGAAGAUGUCAUACGGGGACCGCACGAAUUACGUACGCUCGCCUGGCUCGCUAGAGGUGAGGUCGGCCUUCGUGAACUCGGUGAACUAAAACAUAAGGAGGAUUCAGGUCAACAGCCAUGGCGGUGUCUAUAUAGUGGACUGCAUGAUGGGGGAUGUGAGUUUCAAUCGGUGGAGGAUCACCGAGGGUCUCUGCAGCCAGCUACUGAAUCAUCUUGGGUGUGCAGCCAUUCAAGGCUCAAUCAUACCGGAUGCUCUUAUGUGAAAUCUAGCAGGUGUAACCGUAAAACAAGGCAUUCACAGUAUCAGCACUUUGCCCACCGGCUCACGGUUCAGGAGAGAAUUGACCGAUUCCUUCUACUGCUGCAGAUGGGUUAUUCAUUCGGUCAACGACCGUGUGCCACGGAACCAACUAUCUUCUGUAAAUUCUUGCAAGCCUUCAAACACCAAACCGCUAAUGAGACGAUGGACUGGUCUACUGUCAUGUUCCGGCCAAAACCACAGCCCACGAAGGCACUGCUAGAGAUGAUCCGAUGCUUUUAUGGGAUUGCUCGGUCGGAGAGUACCAGUGAUGAGGCUCGGUAUUUUCUAACGGGGCAGCUCCCGGAGCAUGCUGAUAUCAGCCAAGGAACAGAAUUCUCGACUACCGCUCUCCACGAAGCUGUUCGAGCGUGUUACUACCCGGCUGUAGAAGCUCUCCUACGGUCUAGGUUUGUGACGAACGCGCGGGACCGAAACAACAAGACUGCCUUCCAAAUCGCUCUCGAGUGUCGCCAGCAGAAUCUAGCUGACGACGAUUGGCUUCAAAUAGAGCGGAUCAUCGCUCUACUGCAACAGAAUCAGCCAAUAAACCAGCCACUUACCUUUGCGCGACCUCCGCACCUCAAGUUUGGCUUGCCCCUUGGAUGGCGGCAACUCUAUUACAGCCCCCAAUCCACUAUAUACCAGGAAGCGUAUACAUGCUCCAUCACACUACGCCGUCCUCGGUUCGGACUCUUCGAUGACAGGAGGCUCGCUCUGGGACACCGACAGCUGGCAGUCCAGGGCCAGACCUACUAUUUAGACCUUGUUCACUUCCUGACUGCCGAUAUGGCCGAUAACGAGCUUAAUGAGGACUAUGGAUCACCAAAGUUCCUGGAUCGCUGGUUUACCACCGACGUGGCACAGGCGAAGACCUUGGUGCUCAUGAGAUAUAGGCCCCGUAUCUCUUGGCUUUUACCUACCACCUCUCCCUUCUCGUAUCUCACUAAGCUCGUUGCUCGGCUAAAGCGUUAUAUCCGGUCGAACCCGAGCCCCAUUCCUCCUGAACGGAAGAUGGCUACUUCCCACGGAACUUGUACAGAUUCCUUCUUCUCAGAGCUCACAAAAAAUAUCAUCCAGACAUCAAGGCUGGGCCUGACAGGUGCUUGGCCGCAGUACUCUGUUCCGAUGCCCCAGAGCCCGGACUCGAUCGAUCAUAACAGUAUGGUAUACCCACACCGGCCGGACCAAGAACUACAGAGCGCCGAUAAUUUGCACGCCGAGCAUAACCAUGGUGCGUUCGUGUUAUCCGACUUGGAAUGGCGCACCGUUCCAGCCACCAGUCUCUCGAGGCACGCCUCUCACGAGGGUAACUCCGUGUCACAGACUAGCGACAAUCUAGCAGCUGAUGAAGACGACGAGAUUCUUAUCUCAUUUUCACGUCUGUUUGGUGGGAGAAAGCGUCCAAAGCCUGGCGGAAGACGGCGUCAAGAGAAGUCUAGGAUGAAUCUACAUGCAAUCCGCGCCGGCCCAGCACCACAGGAAGACAUAGUGGCCUGGUAUCCUGGGAUGGCUCAGAAGGGAGCUGUACUUGUACCAGUUUGCCAGGAGAUAGCUGUACACCUGAUUAGUCCAUGUGGUGAGCCUUGAGCCAUAAUGCGUAAAGAACUCAGGGUCGGGGUCGGGGUCGAUUUCUCUGCUUGUUCAUUGGCCAGUCAGUCCCACUCGACAGUCCCCACGCUCCCGCGCCAGCAAUUCCCACAGCCACCUUCAUUGUUUUCUGUGAUUCUAUGCUGAGCUUCUUCAACCCAAGCUUUGUUUAUCCGAUCUGUUUAAUUGUGGUUACAGUUUUGCUUGUUUCUGCUUACAAAGCCCUAUUCAUUUCCCCGCGUAACCUCCUUCCCCUGCGUCUCAUUAACACGAAUGGACCACAAGUGAGAUAUAGAGAACUAGGCCAGGGUAAUAAACAACGCAGCAAUAUCAAUGAACACGUUGUCAGAGGUAUCUACUCUGCAGAGUAGAAGAUCUGUCAACGAGGUAAGGAUACGUAGGCUAAAGGAGAAAGAAAGAUCAAAGGCAGGC